AUGACCUCCGUUUCUAGUACUUCUACUCAAAGAUUAACGAUUCUUACUGACGAUGAUGGUGUACCAGGCUCUCGGUUUGAUCAAGAACCAGAAACUUAUACUGUUGAUCAGCUAAAACGCUGGUUAAAAUGCCGAGGACUAAAGCAAAGCGGCAAGCGAAGUGAACUGCUAACGCGUGUGAAAGACUGCAUUGCUGCAAGAAAUCACCAAAAACUGGAUGUUAGUAUUGAUGAGGGAAAGUGGUUUGCCGCUAAAGUUUUGAAAGAAAGCAAUGGAKAACGUGUAAACGUUUCAAAACCGGACCACAGUAGCCAGAAAACUGUUCCCAACGUCCCGUCAAAUGCAUAGAACGCGUUUCAAUCGCAGGAUAUCCCUUCGAUGUUUAACUACGGGCAUAUCCAUUACUAUGCCGUGGAAUCAAUCCAGGUCGAGAAUACGUACAAAGAUUGCGACGAUGAGGAUGAUUAUAAACUAGGACAUAUGACCGAUAAGCCACUUAAAAAUGGCAGAAAAUACUGUCGCUGUAGCCAUGUUGUUGCGCUGUUGAUGUUUCUUGAUGAGCAUGUGAAGAAGAAYGGAGCUAAAGUUACUAUGCCCUGUACAAGUAAGCCUUGUCCUUGGAAUAAGGGCAAAAAAAGAAACAAGAAUCCACAAAGACUUUCAGAUGCAAAUUACCCAUCAAAGGUGAAGAAAGGUUCUACCAUCGACUUGAUAGACUUUGAUCCAAGACCAAGUUCAAGACGACAUGUCAGUACUGAAACUAUCAACAAGUUUAUUCGUGGUCUUGAGUAUAUUUCUGCACGAAAUAACGAYGGUGAAGUCUCAAUGUGGGAAACCUCAUUGGAGUACUCCUACAAAGACUACAACCUCAACGUUGAGAAACAACAACUUYUUGAUGAAAAUGUUGACAAACUUAAGGCUAAUUUGACACCAGAGAGGACCAAGGAAAUGGAAGGGACAAGGGAACAAAGCCCUUCAGAGCAAUGGUAUUUGGAACGUUCCUGGAGACUUACAGCUUCGAAGUGUCUUGAAGCUUCCAACAUUGCAAAAUUAAUCCCAGACAAUAAUAACAAUGCUUCAGUGAGAGCAAUGAAUUUUAUCUCUUCUAACAUUUGGAAGUUAGACCCUGUAGAGUACAGUACAGCAUACAUGAGAUAUGGUCUGGAGAGUGAGCCUGAGGCUGUAAAUAAAUACCAACAUCAGACAGGUGCACAAGUKCUUCAAACUGGGUUCUGGGUAAAUCCACAAUUCCCUUUUCUUGGAUGUUCCCCUGAUGGACUCGUAGAAAGUGAUGGGCUUCUAGAA